AUGCCCACGUAUGCCCACAACCGAAAAGAUCACGCUCUAGCACACGAUAAAGCCAACCCCCCGCCAGUCACUCCAGCAGUCACUGGUAUUGAUUACCCCUGUGGCGAGGACGCAACUACGGAAACAGGUACCAACGGUCAUCGAGGAUAUAUGGCCCAACAAUUUUAUACUCUUCCUAAUGUCGCCGCAUCGUCCAUCGACGAUGUCGCAGAACCACCAACUGACUCUAACACCCUCGACCGUAUAUGGGGGACUAUCCGCCUGGAGAAAGAGCGAAAGAUGGCGAAGGAACGACCGAAGGUGCAAUCGCUAGAAGAAAUCUCUAGGGAACUCGCUACUACUCCAGGCCCUCCCCCCAUACAGAUACCCGUUCUGGAGUCACACCACUCCGCACCGAAGUCGUUGAAGAAGCAGAAGUCAAUCUCUACCUUCCGCGAAUCAACGGAUGGACGAUCUAUCGUGGCCACGUUCGAAUUACCGCCUGAAUUAGAGAAACAGGACGUUCAUAUCAGCUUUCAACGGAACCGCCUCAUCGUUACAUGGGAGAUUAUUGAAAUCUCAGAGUGGGAAGAAGACGGCUGUUUCAAUCGUGAACGCGUCGAGAGAAUAUUUCAUCGAACGUUGCCCCUUCCCGAGGGCACAAGGUUUGAAGAAAUUCACGCCCAGAUGACUGGCAGAGGACUAACCUUAAGAUAUCCUAACAUGCGCUCUUAUCGAGUGGAAGCCCGUUCCAGGUCUGCGGAAUCCUGA